AUGGAUGGCGCAGUGAUCACAAAGGCGCGUGAUGAGCGCAAUGGCAAUCUUUCUGAAGUAAUUAGAACAUUCGGUCCCGCUCUCGGUCAAGCGCCCCCACUUCCCCCUCGCUCUUCCUCGCUUGUGGAACGGUGGCCGAACCCUAACCUUCGUAUGGUAGCACAGAAGCCGUCACUUCCGUUUCACGAAAUAUUACCUCACCCACAGCUUCGUAACCGGAACAAUGAGGAUGUUGGUGAAAUGCCGCUUUCAAACCAUGCGAAUCAGCAAGUACAAAAUUCGUCAUCAAAUGUCCGGAAUGUCGUCAGGUCACCAGAGUUCCUCGUAAAGGCCUACCCGUUAACUAUCGUUUGCAAGGUUAUCUCGGUUUCGUUCUUCCAUAGCUAG